GGUUCAUACAAUAAAGACAUGGAUACAAAAAAUGUGACAGUGCUGACAGAGGUUGUUCUCACAGGACUUACAUAUCAACCAGAGUGGCAAAUCCCCCGGUUUCUGCUGUUGUUGGUUAUAUAUCUCAUCACCAUUGUGGGGAACCUUGGUCUGCUUAUUCUCAUUUGCUAUGACCCACAUCUUCACAUUCCCAUGUACUUACUUCUUGGGAGUUUAGCAUUUGUGGAUGCUUGGAUAUCAUCUACAGUGACCCCUAAGAUGUUGGUCAACUUCUUUGUCAAAAGCAAAAUAAUCUCUCUCUUUGCAUGCAUGACACAAUUGUUUUCCUUUUCAUUCAGUGCAACAACAGAAUGUUUUCUCUUGGCAACAAUGGCCUAUGAUCGCUAUGUAGCCAUAUGCAACCCUUUACUUUAUCCAGUGAUUAUGACCAAUAGACUAUGUAUCUGGCUGUUAGCCUCAUCAUUUGUAGGUGGUGUUCUUCAUGCAUUAAUUCAUAUAGGCCUUUUAUUUCGAUUAUCCUUCUGCAAGUACAACGUAAUACAUCACUUUUACUGUGACAUCAUGCCACUGUUUAAGAUUUCUUGUACUGACCCUUUGAUUAAUGUGCUGAUGGUUUUUAUUUUCUCUGGAUCAAUACAGCUGUUCACCAUUCUCAUUGUUCUUGUCUCCUAUACACUAGUGCUUUUUACAAUCUUAAAAAAGAAGUCUGUACAAGGCAUAAAGAAAGCCUUCUGCACCUGUGGAGCUCAUCUCUUAUCUGUCUCUUUAUACUAUGGCCCCCUUCUCUUCAUGUAUGUGCGACCUGUAUCUGCACAAUCAGAUGAUCAAGAUAUGGUGGACUCUCUAUUUUACACGGUCAUAAUUCCUUUGUUAAAUCCAAUUAUUUAUAGCCUGAGAAAUAAGAAAGUCAUAGAUUCACAGGCAAAAAUGUUAAAGAGAAAUGUUUAG